AUGGACUGUGAGGCAUCGACUGAAAAUGAACAACAAAAACAAUGUGCUGAUGGUGGUGGCAAGAAACGGAGAUCGCUGAAAGAUUUUGCGCCAUUCCAGGACGGUUAUGAAUUUGUUUUCGUCGAUCAGAAGCAUUACGAAGCCGUCGGUGAGGCUGUCACCGAACAACUUUAUCAAAUCCUGCAAGAACCGCCAUACAGCCUAUGCAAAACCUACAUUGGUGAUCCAAAUGAAGAUACAAAUAAAAGGUGUUUUGUAUUUCAUUCGGAAGAUUUCUUGACGAAUAAACAUUUGGUCGUGUUGAUUCACGGAAGUGGAGUGGUUCGCGCAGGCCAAUGGUCCAGAAGAUUGAUAAUGAACGAGAGCUUGGAUCGUGGUGCUCAGUUACCGUAUGUACGUGAAUGUAUGGAACGCGGAUGGGCAGUUCUUCUGAUGAAUACGAAUCUGAAUAAAUUUGUUGAUGAAAAAGGCGAAGAGAAACCAUUAAAUGCUAGUGAAACACCAGUGCAACAUGGUCUGAGCGUUUGGAAGGAACUGAUUUCAAAAUCGAGUGCUGAAUAUAUCGCAGUUGUGGCGCAUAGUGCUGGAGGCUUCGUUAUCUCAACUAUCAUGGAAGAGCCAGCUUGUUGGCCGUCACGUGAUCUCGAAGAAGGUUCACGUCGUGUUCGAUGUAUUUGCUUAACGGAUUCAUUCUUCAAGGUGCGAGCCUUUGAGGAGAAUCCCGAGAAGAGGAGACCUCAUGUAAGACAUUGGAUUGCAAGUCCGAUCGAUAAGGUCGGUCAGAUGAUUGGAACGUCGAAAAACGACACCAGAUGUGACCCGUAUGUGGAGUGUGUUGCAUCCGGAACGAGGAUUCAUGAAGAAACGUCAACUGUAGCGAUGAGCGAUAUUUUCAAAUACAUUGAAAAUAGUUUCAAAAAUGAUAGUUGA